AUGCCUCAAAACGAGCAUAUUGAAGAGCACAUCAAGCGACAUGGUCGUCGUCUCGAUUACGAGGAGAGAAAACGUAAGAGAGAGGCACGUCAAGCUCACAAGGCUUCACAAUAUGCUCAAAAGGUGCAUGGUCUUAAGGCCAAGAUGCUGAACAAGAAGCGUCAUGCUGAAAAGAUCCAAAUGAAGAAGACCAUCAAACAACAUGAGGAGAAGAAUGCCAAGCAAAAGUCAGCCGAUGCUAUUCCUGAAGGUGCUGUGCCCACCUAUCUUUUGGAUCGUGAGGGUGAAGAUCGUGCAAAGAUUUUGAGUAAUAUGGUCAAGCAGAAGCGUAAGGAGAAGGCUGGUAAAUGGUCCGUUCCCUUGCCUACUGUGCGUGGUAUGGCAGAAGACGAGAUGUUCAAGGUUGUAAAGACUGGUAAACACAAGACAAAGCAAUGGAAGCGUUUGGUCACAAAGGCUACCUUUGUUGGUGAGGGCUUUACUCGUAAACCACCAAAGUAUGAACGUUUUGUUCGUCCCAUGGGUUUGCGUUAUAAGAAGGCACAUGUUACACAUCCGGAAUUGAAGGCUACUUUUUGUCUGCCCAUCAUUGGUGUCAAGAAGAAUCCUCAAUCCCCUCUUUAUACCCAACUUGGUGUCAUUACAAAGGGUACUGUACUCGAAGUCAAUGUCUCUGAAUUGGGUUUGGUUACUACAGGUGGCAAAGUUGUUUGGGGUAAAUAUGCUCAAGUAACUAAUAAUCCAGAAAACGAUGGCUGUAUCAAUGCCGUUCUACUAGUCUAA